UUAUAAAUAGCGCUGCUGCAUCCAGCGGCAGAUCUCCGUUCUCCCUGAAAGGAGGAGAGUUCACGAUCAGUCUGGGAGCACCACACCGACCGAUGUUGCCAGGCCUGCUGAGUUCCUCCGUUUUCCCUGGGUUUUCAGCAUCCCCAGUACUGCUCUCCUUCAUUGCCAGCAUUAACAGGUCACAGAAACGACCUCUGAGAAGUAAUCUGAACCAAUUAAGCUAUGAACAGUGGGAUCUGCGUGUGUGUGUUUCUCGCGGUUCUCUACUCGGGCUGCAUCGGUAGACUCAUCAACGGGUCUGAUGAUGGGAGUCCAAUUGGCAGGGAGCUGAAGCAAAGCAUUGCCAUGCAUCAAAGGCAACUUCGGGAAGCCCAGUCCACUGAGCAGGUGAAACCAUUCCAGAGCAGUGAGCAAAGAGCCAACUUGGGAGCUCUGCUCACACAAUACCUUCAACAAAUCAGGAAAGGUUCUUUGGAUAGAGGCACUCUUGUGGGAAGCAAAUUGCAGAACCUGGAUCCCUCCCACAGGAUAAGUGAUCGGGAUUAUGUGGGAUGGAUGGAUUUUGGUCGACGCAGCGCUGAAGAAUAUGAAUACGCAGCGUAAAAAAAUUAUAGUACAACCACAUUCCCAAGUCUGUACAAAAGAAGAAAAAACUUUGAUUUGAAGUCUUAAAAAUGAGUGUUUCAAAUUCUAUUCACUAUGGUCCUUAAUGUGAAUUUGUUUGUAAGACUGUAUAAUGCAAUAUACAUAUGAAGGAUUUUGCAGAAUUGUCUGGCUCUGUCCAGUUUCUUAUUAAUAUUAAUGAUACAAGAUCGAAAUAAUUCAGUAUCUCGUCUGUCAAUUUAGUACAUCACAAUAAAAAGAAGCAAAACAGAAA